AUGGUGAGUGCUACCGUAUGCCAUGACGCAAAAAAGUUAUCAGAGAAUCUCAUUCAAAUGCCAGUAGAAACAGACUUAACACAGAAGAAACCCAACAAAGCCAGAUUUUUCAUUCCAUGUGCAGAAUAUGCAGUCAUCCUAGCCGUGUUUCUCAUCUUCGUAUUGUUCAGUUCCUGUGCAUUGCGUGAAAUGGGCAAACGGAAAACAGCUACUCAGCGCUAUGAAGUUUUGUUUGACGAAUUCUUAUAUAAAUUCAAUCGUCUGUACAGUUCUCAAGAGGAAUAUAAGUACAGAUAUCACAUCUUUGUUCAUAAUGUCCGCGAGUUUGAAGAGGAAGAAAGAAAACAUCCGGGACUUGAUUUCGACAUCAACGAAUUCACGGACUGGUCUGAAGAGGAGUUACGAAAGAUGAUUGUAGAUAAGAAGAAUGUGAAAGAAGAGAAAAAUGCAGUCAGAUUCGAAGGGAGUGUUUUGAGUUCAGGAAUUAAACGACCGGCAUCCAUAGAUUGGAGAGAUCAAGGAAAGUUGACACCAAUCAAAAACCAAGGACAGUGCGGAUCGUGCUGGGCGUUUGCCACUGUGGCAGCUAUUGAAGCACAGCAUGCAAUCAAAAAGGGUAUUUUGGUUUCUCUAUCCGAGCAAGAGAUGGUAGAUUGCGAUGGUAGAAACAACGGGUGCAGUGGAGGAUACAGACCAUAUGCAAUGAGAUUCGUAAAAGAAAAUGGAUUGGAAACCGAGAAAUCUUAUCCAUAUUCUGCUUUAAAACACGACCAGUGUAUGCUUCAUCAAAAUGAUACAAAAGUGUAUAUUGAUGAUUACCGAAUGUUAUCCACAAGUGAAGAAAAUAUUGCUGACUGGGUUGGAACCAAAGGACCAGUUACUUUUGGAAUGAAUGUGGUGAAGGCGAUGUACAGCUAUCGCUCCGGAAUUUUCAAUCCGUCUGCUGAAGAUUGUGCUGAAAAGUCUAUGGGGGCUCACGCGUUGACCAUUGUUGGAUAUGGAGGGGAAGGAACAUCCGCAUAUUGGAUUGUCAAGAACUCGUGGGGAACGUCAUGGGGAUCUGAUGGAUAUUUUCGACUGGCUCGUGGAGUGAACAGUUGUGGACUCGCUAACACUGUAGUGGCUCCAAUUAUCAAUUGA